AUGUGGUCCUUCCUAUUGCUCCUCUGCGUGGCGCCAGCCAAGCCGGCCGUACAAGAUGAGCCCAGCCUGAUUCUCCGGGGUGGGGACAACCCUUGCAUGGGCUACAUUGAGAUCUACUACCAGGGCCAAUGGGGCAUUGUCGGAGACAACAAAUGGACCCGCUCCAAUGAAGAUGUGGUGUGCCAGAGCAUCGGCUGUGGAAGGUCCCUUGGCUCCGUGGACGUCCUGAGGCAGAACACGAACUCCAUAGUGUGGGUCAAUGAGGUGACGUGCACGGGGUCGGAGGACCAGCUGUGGGAGUGCCCCGGCUUCGCCGGCUGGAACGUCAGCUUCUACAUCAAGGACAGCUACAAACACAUCACCUGUUCUGAUCGGAUUGAAAUGAGUUUGGACGGGUUCAGAUGUGCCGGAGUUGUCAAAUACACCAAAAUAUCAGACGGGAACAAAACAGAUGGCUACUUCUGCCACGAAAACUGGGCAAAGGACGACGCCGACCUUGUGUGCAACGCUCUUAACUGUGGCAAACACAAGGCUAUCCCUGACCCCGAAACCAUGACACCGAUGGGGUUUCUGUCCGCGGCCAGGACCAAAAUUCGUUGUACCGGCACCAAGCGCGAGACACACCUCUGGCAGUGUUCGCCCCAACAGUCGCUGUGUCAACGUCCUGCUACGGUCACCUGCUCGGGUCAUGUCAACGUGCGACUGCAAGGCGGGGACAACGUGUGCAACGGAACCCUGCAGACGGAGGAGGCCGGGGUCUGGAAACCUGCUCCCUGCCACGACAACGAAACGGUGACUGAAAGUGAUGCCGCGUCUUUCGAUGUGAUGUGCCGACAGAUGCACUGCGGCACCGGCAAGAUGCGGAUACCCGCGACCUGUAAAGACGGCCAAGUCUCACUGACAUGCCCAGACAGAAUCCGUGUCACCGUGUCACCAAACCAGGCGGCCAACAGGUGCUUCGGCCCGGUUUAUAUCGAAGGUCUCGGGGGUCUGUGGCCUGUGUGUGGUCAGAACUGGGAUACAAAUGCCGGGACGGUGGUCUGCCGAGAGCUUGGCUGUGGAAAGGUGAUCAAAGUGUCCACCCAAAUCAGCAGCACUUCGGGGAUACUGGACUGGGUGAAAUGCUCGGGCAAGGAGGCCUCCCUGUGGCACUGCGGAGCCAAGUACAACCGCAAGCCUUUCCCGUGUUCCUCCACUGCCUCUGUGACCUGUGGAGACAGCCUGGACGUGCGACUGACGGAUGGUCUGGGAAAAUGUCACGGGAGAGUGGAAAUCAAGUACGAGUCAAAGUGGUACUCGGUUACCAAUCUCAAGAAUGCCAACAAGGUUUGCAAGUUGCUGAAGUGCAACGGUUUAAAGUCCGAUAAAAGCGUCACGUAUAAAAACGAGGAUAAAAUACUGGGGACGAAUGUGAAUUGCGUGGAAACAUCCAAAAGCAUAUCUGACUGCGUCACCGAAAUCGACAUCACAAGGAGUCAGACUGCAGUGGAAAUAACCUGCGAAGGGCACAAGGUGGUGUUCCUCAAGGGAGCGCGGUCCUGCUCCGGCAUGGUGGGGAUAGAGCACGGUGAGAAGGACUACUGGCUCUCAGGCUCCAACGAGAACUGGAACCAAAACGCUGCCGAUGCGGUUUGUCGGCAGAUGCAUUGUGGGAAGUGCACUAACUUCACCUCAGUAAACUUGACCAAAGAGACCGAGAUGGGGGAGGGUAUUUGGGGAGAGUCUUACAACUGCUCAUCCGCGGAGACCUCUCUAUUCAACUGCCCGAAUGACGGAACAUCGUCCAACCACAGUAUCGCCUCCGUGACAUGCUCAGAAGAAACCACGAUGAGGCUGUCAAAAAUAUGUUGGGGGAAGAUGGAGGUGUGCGCCAGUGGGGAGUGCGGCGGUGUGUGCUCGUACAAUUGGCCGAACACACUGUCUGACACGGUGUGUGAAAAUCUGGGCUGCGGCACCUCUCUCCCUGUUGAAAUCAAGAUUAAGGACAUGUCUGUGAACAUCAGCCGUAUGGAGAUCACCCAGCAGACAACUAAAGUAACUGACUGCAACAUGGUCAGAGGUGACUACUGUGUUACAGACCCCGUCUACAUCGUUUGCUCAGGUAGCGUCAAGGCCAGAAUCCAGCUGCCGAGAGAUCAAUGCUUUGGGAAUAUUGAGAUCUUCUAUCAAGGCAACUGGCUCCAAGUUUGUCUCGACGCUUUGAAAGAUCGCAAUGUCCAGAACGCCAUCUGCAAGGAGCUGCGCUGUGGGCAGGCGGACGACGACGCGGCAGUUGGCUUUUUUGGGCCUAGACCAGACAGCAAUGAUUUUGUGUCUGCAAUGAGCUGUCCUGAAAACAGCCAGUCCUUAACGAAGUGCAAAGUCAGUCUGAAGACCGGAUCUUGUCCUCUGGGUGGGCUCCGGUGCUCUGACUGGCGAACGAUGGUCCUGAAAAUGCCCGAGUCAGGGACAGGAACCUGCGAGGGAAAGGUGUUCGUUCACAGAAAAGACACGGUCAGCGCAGUCUCCAGCGACUCCUGGACGGUGAAAGAAGGCCAGACACUGUGUAAGGAUCUGGGGUGCGGCAGCUACAAAGCCCAUCAUGAGAGGAAUCAUUCUUCCAGGGGGGAAACCUUCAACUGCACAGAUGUGGAGAAUCCAAGAAACAUCUGGGACUGUCAGCCGGGAACAAGCCCCGCACAGAGCAAGCAGCUCUAUAUCCAAUGCCAAGAUAACCGUGAAGUUAACCUGUCAAAAAACUGCUCUGGUGAGGUGACCAUCAGUGGUAUUAGUGUGUGCGAUACUGACUGGGAACACAUGCAGUCACACAUCGUUUGUCAAGCGCAGGGGUGCGGCAACGCUAUCCCCAUUCAGAAGGCUAAGGCGGCCAGGGGGCACACUUCAGCCUCCAUCUACCACGUCAGCUGUGGACGCUACGAGUCUCAUUUGGGACAGUGUAAGACAACCAGAGGGAAGUGUCAUGGAGGACCGGUGUCUGUUUACUGCGUGGACAACGUCAAAUUCAACACCACGGAGAAGUGCGGCGGCCAAAUUAUGGUCCAGUAUCGAGAUGAGUGGGAGUUUGUGUGUCCCAUUGAAUCACCAGACAUCAACUUCAAGUACCGCCUGUGCGAUGCGCUCAAGUGUGGCCAGCCCUACACUCCCCUGCGGAAAAAGCGGGUGGAAAAGGUCGACCUGCAAACGAAACUCAUUUACCACAAAAACAUCCAGAAUAUCAAGCACUGUGUCCACCAAGAGCCCUGUGGCAAACAGCAACCAGCUGAGAUCUACUGCUACGGUUAUGUGGAGCCAGACUCCGGCCCCAUCCUCUCCGCCGGCGCGAUCGCCGGUCUGUUCCUGGGAGCCGCGGCGCUGGUCGCGCUGAUUGUGACGUUUCUGUUUCGGCGCAGGCGCAUUCUCCAGAAACUCCCACCAAUAAUAUCUGGAAGAAAACAGAAGUUUGAAGGUGACUAUGAGGAUGUCGGGAGACGACUUCCAAGUGAAAUGAGACGCUUCAGUCGCAGGAGAUCUGAAUCGGAGGCAAACGCCAGCGACUCCUCUUUGAGUUACGACGACAUUGCGCAAGAAGAAGGGGCCAUGACUGAGCUGCUGACUAGCGGAGGACAGGAUGUCAACGCUGCUGUCCAAGGACCCGGAUCCACCAGCACCAAAGGUUCCUCUGAAAAAGAAGAUGCCACUGUGUACGAGGGGGAGGACUCGCAGGACGGCUAUGACGACGUGGCCGCGGGCCCUGACGUCGUGGAGAUGGUAGCCGAGGUCCACAGCAGCCUGGAAGCCCGGCCCGAGAAGGACCAGCAGUUCGCCGGCGGGGAACCACCGGCGGAUGCGGACUACGAGCCGCUUGACCCAGACGUGUAAACACGGAACCAACCGACAGCCUUGACGUUAAACCGGUCCAGAUGAUUUAAAGUUUUUUUGUUUUGUUUUUUUUAUAGUUAACAUUUCAAGGUUCAUUUUUUAAAAGAAAAAUCACCAACACAGAGGUUUGGUUCGAGGACCAGAAACCACCAAACAGAGAGCAAGGGAGGGGCGUCACCAACACAGCCCCCCCCCUCUCCCCCCACACCCCCUCACGCCGUCGACAUGUGCUCAGGGUAACACGUGGCUUCACACGCGUUCUUCUCGAACCCGUGUGAGGAUUCGUGGCGUCGAUUCGGCGGCACGUGGCGGGGGGGGGGUCACAAUGGACGUAGAUGGUGUGGACUGUGGUGUAGGUGGUGUGGACUGUGGUGUAGAUGGUGUGGACUGUGGGUGUAGAUGGUGUGGACUGUGGAGUCCUGGUCUGACGUGUUAGCUCUCCUGUGCUGUGCCAGAGCAGUGGUCAGGCCUGCCUUGCUCUACGGCAUGGAAGCCGUGACAACAACAGAGAGGCUGGACUCUGCAGUACAGGUAGCAGGGAUGAACGCACUGCGUCGGUCCUUGGAGUGACCAGAAAAGGCCGGGAGAGAAACGAAGACGUGAGAGCUGCGUUCAAGAGCAGAGGAAUGGACGAGAAGCCGAGAGAGACGAGACUGAGAGGGUUUGGACACGUCCAGAGAGGAGGCAUGGACUGUAGAGGAGAGAAGGUGGUGGACCUGGAAAUACCUGGCAAAAAAAAAAACAAAGAGGAAGACCAAGGACAAGAUGGAGAGACCGGAUAGGGGAGGACAUGAGGAGGGCUGGACUGGGGGAGAGGGACGCGUCAGACAGAAAGCUAUGGAGGGCAAAAGUCCGCUGCGGUGACCCCUUAGAGAUAAGGAAGAAGCCGAAAGAAGAAGAAAAAGGUGACUUUUUUAUUAAUUGUUAUGAUUGUUUAUUUGAUUGUAAAUUUGGUUUGAUUUCUUGUAUUUUUUUGGUAACAGAUUGGACAUUAAUAAAAUAACCUCGAG